AACACAAUAAUGUGUUUAACCACGUUAACGAGGCGUUAUGAUAUGGUUGCAAGAUAUGAGUUCAUAAGUUUAUGUUAUCGCCAACAAAAUGGAACAUACAUUAUACACUAACUGGGUAGCAAAAUUUGCAUGGGCAUUUGCGCUGCACGAAUGAUAUACAAGAUCAUCUGAAACUGUACACGAUAAAAUACUAACAAAAAGUUGUGACUCGCUGAUGUUGUAUGAACACUAAACCAGAAUUACAAAUUAAAUAAUAUUUUUUUUUACCGAUAAUAACUGUAAAAGGUCAAUCGUAUCAAUGGCAAACACACCGAAAGAAGAAUUGUCAAACACUAUCGUAAUAGCAGAAACACUAACAUAUACUAGCAAUGUAUUAGAAAGAAUGUUAAAAGAUGUUGGAAAAACACACCCAGAUGAAGAAAGACGUGUAAACGAAGAAGCGACUCCACGUGAUCCUCGUUUUGGGCCAGCGACCAAGAUAGAAUUAGACGUGGUCAAUCCUAAGCAGCACAUUGGACUGUUUGGUGCGGUGACAUUCGGCAUUGGAAGCAUGAUCGGUUCUGGUAUCUUCAUUUCUCCAAAGGCAUCAUUAGCUUUUGCCGGAUCGCAAGGUAUGAGCCUGGUUAUAUGGUCUCUCUGCGGCCUGAUUGCCUUUAUGAUGGGGCUUGUCUACGCCGAGCUGGGAACCAUCAUACCGCGUUCCGGUGGAGACUUUGUCUACAUCCGCAAAGGAUUCGGACCAGUUCCGGCUUUUCUUGCUGUGUGGGUCAUACCUUUAUUCGUGCAAACUUCAUCAACAGCGGUCUUAGCACUGGUGUUUGCGGACUAUUUAUUACCUUUAGUUUAUGGCUCAUGCCCUCCUCCGAAUGUUCUUAGGAAACUAAUAGGCGCGUUGUUAAUAAUAACAAUUGCAAUAUCAAACAUCGUCAGCCCAAAGUUUGGUGUCUUUGUCCAGAUGAUUAGCACUGUUGCUAAAACGCUCGCACUGAUUAUCAUUGCCAUAACAGGAAUUGUUUUCAUAUUAAAAGGUCGAACUGAGAAUUUAACAAAUGCGUUUGAUGGUUCGGCUUCAGAAGUGACAUCUUAUUCACUAGCAAUUUAUAGCUGCGCCUUUGCUUACUCUGGAUACAUCCGCAUCGGUGAAAUAGCUGAUGAAAUCAUCAAUCCACAAAAGAAUAUUCCACGCGCGCUUAUGAUUUCUAUAACAUUGGUGACUGUGAUUUACGUCGUUGUCAAUACAUCAUACUUUGUCCUUUUGCCCAAGCCAGAAUUUUUAGGAUCGCCCGCUGUUGCCUAUGAUUGGGCUUUAAAGUGUAUUCCAUCCGUUGCUAUAUUCGUACCUAUCAGUGUCAUGAUUUCCGUCUACGGAUCAAAUAAUGGCGGAUGUUUUGGAUCAGCUAGAGUCAUGUUUGCGGCCGCCAGAGCGGAACUAUACCCCGAAGCUAUUUCUUUUCUCCAUGCUAAAGAUUCUACCCCAAUCAUAUCCUUAGUUUUAUUUCACAUAAUUUGCAUAAUAAUGUUGAUACCCGGUGAUAUUCAACAGCUUAUUAACUUCCUUAGCUUUAUGAGGUCCUUUGUUACACUUUUGUCGUCUCUUUCACUUUUGCGCCUCAAGUGGUUAUCGAGAAAGGAACCUAAGAAAACAGGAUUUCGUACAAACAUCAUUUUCCCGAUCGUAACAAGUUUAAUUGCAGUGUUUCUCAUAGUCGCACCAUUUAUUAAUUCUCCCAGAAUCGAAUUUCUGUAUAGCGCAGCUUUCGUGUUUGGUGGAUAUUUUCUCUACUUUCCAUUCGUUCAUUUUGACUGGAAGCUACCAGGAACAGACAGAAUUACGGUAUUCCUGCAAUUGUUAUGUAAUAGUUGCCCGACUGAGAAAAUCGACUAGAUAUAUAUUUAAUCAGAAGAUAUACGCAAAAUUAUAAGAUGUAUCAUUCGUACUUUACAAUUCAGUAGCGACAUAGGACAAAUAAAUCAUACGCAAAACAGGUGAAAAAAUGCCAAUAUAUACAUGUUGUUCAUUGACGUAACAUUUUUAUUACCGUGUAUGCUUUGAUAAGGGUUAUUGAGUCAAUUUGUUAUAUAUCAAGGUGUUUAAUGUAUCUUAUUUACAUUGGCAUGCAUUUUUCCACUUCCUGUUUGAAUGCAGAUUGGUUGCUAAUCAAUGAUAUAGGGGAUUACAGAGCAUAUGGGUAUGGGUAUCAUUUAAUAAGAGACAUACACCAAUUUUAUUUCUCUGACUCAAACUGAUAGCGAAUAAUUGUUUUUCUUAGUACCGUAUGUUGUGAUAUCUGUAACGAAUUGGGACGGGAAAAUCAAUUCCGCUGGUUAGUGCUGUUGCUGAAAACACAUCACGAAAACGCUUGUUUAGAACUGGAUUAUGGGGAGAGUCUGACAAUUAUCAAUACAAAUUAGCAAGGGCUUGCUUUGAGAGCAGUAUAUCAUUUAUCUAUGGCCUUAGAUGUCACGUUGAUAUAUGGUCAAUUAUAAGGGUUUUUAACCCGCCUGUUCAUGUCUGAGAUGUAACGAUAAUAUGUAAAUAGAGGUUACGUUAUGCGAAGUACUGUACUGUAAGUUUUUUUGUAUAUAUGUGAGAUGUUGAGGUCCGCUUUUAUCAUCUCGCUAUAAGAUUCAUAUGAAUAUACUGUGGCAUAUAUUACAAAGUCAUGCUUGAAUGUUGUAUUUAGUAUAUAUAGUUACAUGUAAAUACGUUAAUGAUUGUUCAUUCGCACUAAAUGCAUUUUUUGUCUAUAAUUAAUUUGCUAGAGUUUUCGUUGAUAUAAUUCGUUGCAUGUGAAUUCACUUUUCUCGUUAAGUUCGUUGUCUUAUGCGCGAAAUGCAAUGGUUCAUAACACUUACAUUAUGUCUUAAAUCGAAAUUUUAAUUAAAUAAAAUAUUAUUAUUCCUGUAGUACAAAUAUAUUUAUUCGUGUAGUACAAGACGGACAUGCAAAUAUACAUACGAUUACAUUUA